AUGCCCAAGGCAAACAGCUCCCGUGCCGCCGCCGCCGCGCGCCGGCACAACCCUCUGGCAGACGAUAUCUCGUCCGCGGGGCACUUGCGGACACAGAGCAGCAAGAAAAGCAAGCGCCAAUCCCAGGAUGAGGAAGAUGGGGAGAAUGGACAACGUUUCAUCGAUGCGAAGAUGUCGCGCAAGAUUUUGCAGAUCGGUCAAGAACUAGCCGACGAGGAUGCCGCUGAACACAAGCUCGCCAUGGGCGCCAUGGAGCCAAAGACCAACGCCGCUUUCGAAUUCGAUACUCGGUUUGAAGAGGAAGCAUUGUCGGAUGAUGAAAACCUUCAAAACGACGAAUGGGUCGACGAUGAGGUCGAGGAACAGGAGGUUAAUCCGGAUGAUCUUGAAAUGUUCAACAACUUCAUGCCCGGUCAUGAAGACGAUCCUAUUUUCAACCCCCGCGAACCCGGCUCAUCGGGUCAAACAACAAACCUUGCCGAUUUGAUCUUGGAGAAGAUUGCCGAACAUGAAGCCCGACAGGCGGGAGAGACCGUUGGUGGACCACAUAUCCAGGGCGGUGGAAUCCCGGAGGACGCUGUCCAGAUCCCGGCCAAGGCUAUCGAGGUCUUUGAGAAGGUUGGCACGAUCCUCUCUCGCUAUAAAUCUGGCCCAUUGCCGAAACCGUUCAAGAUUCUCCCCUCAGUGCCGAACUGGCAAACCCUACUUGAUAUCACCCAGCCUGAGAGGUGGACCGCCAAUGCUGUCUAUGCAGGCACUCGCAUCUUCAUUUCAUCCAAGCCUCACGUGGCCCAGGAGUUCAUCAACACUGUGCUGCUUGACCGUGUCCGCGAAGAGAUUCACGAGACUAAGAAGCUUAAUGUCCACACUUACAAUGCGAUGCGCAAGGCUCUCUACAAGCCCGCGUGCUUUUUCAAGGGCUUGCUCUUCCCACUGGUUGCCAGUGGCACAUGCACCUUGCGUGAGGCCCACAUUGUUUCUUCAGUGAUUUCUCGUGUCUCUAUCCCUGUGCUGCAUUCCGCCGCAGCUCUCCUCCGCAUGUGUGAUCUGGCUGCAGAGCAAUCCCUCCGGUCUCUGGAAAGCACUGGCUCAGUGAACACUUUCAUCCGAGUCUUCUUGGAAAAGAAGUAUGCUCUGCCCUACAAGGUUAUUGAUGCUCUUGUGUUUCACUUUAUGCGUUUCCGCGCGGCUGAUGCAUCUGAGGAUGCUCUGAUGGAUGGCAGCUCCAAGGCCUACAAGCUUCCGGUUCUAUGGCAUCAGUCCCUGUUGGUAUUCGCCCAGCGCUACCGUAAUGAUAUCACUGAGGAUCAACGUGAGGCUCUUUUGGAUCUGCUGUUGGUUCGGGGUCAUAAGGAUAUUGGACCCGAGGUACGGCGAGAAUUGCUGGCUGGCCGUGGCCGUGGAGUAGUUGUCCCGGACCCUGAGAGACAGAAUGCUCUUGAUGCCGGUGAUGAUACUAUGGAUGUGACCAUUUAG